AUGGCGUCUUCAACGCAACACGAACAAGUCCACCACAGCAAGGAAGAAGAAGAAGCAUUCCACAAAGAGCCAGAACUUGACCAAGCAGACCUGAACAAAGAAGCCAAGACGGACGAUGUUAGCAAACACGAAUACGAUGAUGACGGCAAGAUCGUGGCCUCUGAGUCAGAGACAAUCGAACAAGAAGAAGUCAAAGAUUCUAAUCAAGAAGACGAAAGCAGAGGAGGUAGGAUGACGUUGGUCAUGCCUUCAACGACGACAGCAACAUCAUCACCAAGAAGCUUAACUCAAGAACAAGAAGCAAAGGCAAGGGAAGUCGAUGCUCACGCCUCAGCAAUCCUUCUGUCUAUAUUCUACGACGUCCCUCCUAAGAAUCCAUCUGUGCUCGAAAUAGACGAUCACGAGGAAGACGACUCAGACCAAACCUUGACGUUUCUUACCCGAUGGAAAGCUCCAGAGCUUCCACCGAAGAAGAUCAUUCAUAAAAGAUUGAUCGAGCAAUGCAGCAGACCGGUUCAAAAGCAGGUGACGACAAGCGACGUGAAACAGAGGAAGCUGUCUUUACCGAGGAAGAAGUUUCAGCAGCUUCUUGAUGAAUCAGAGGCAAUGCGAGGGAAAAAUAAGAUUAGGGUUUCUGUUUACGGACCAGACGGGAAGGUUCAUGAGAUUUGGGUUUGUGAUGAUGAGGAGAGGUCGUUUGAGUUGACAAUAGGGUGGAGGAAGUUCGUUGUAGAUUAUGAGCUCAAGGAGUGUUGUGACUUCGUCACGGUUUGGAUGUUUAGGCACAGAGACACUCAAAAAAUUUGCUUAGCUAUUGAUGCCAUAAGGUUGUCUUUCAGGAAAGAGGUUAGUAAGAGGAUCUCUGAUGCUGCUUUUGAGGAUUCUUACUAG